CCCCGGGGAGCCGGCAGUUUCGAACAGCAACAUGCGCACCGCUUAACCCUGCGCCGCAACCAAUCCCGAGCCACCUCCAAAGAUUUUCUAACGUCGUGGACCCAUGUGACCAUAAUAUCCCAAACCAUACGGCCGGCCGCUCAAUUUCCUUCUUUCUCUCUCCCUCCCUCCACAUUUUCAACAGCUCUGAAAUUUUAUUUGUCCGUGGAAGAAUUAGAGAACAAGAAAACCUCGGAAGUUUUCUCUGGUUUGCAAGGGUUAUUUGCCAGGUCGGAUUUCCAUAACCAGCGGAGGACCUUCUCAGCUUAGCAGAGGAGAUCUCGGGAGGAGGAUUGCAGAAGUGUAUAGUAUAGACGCAGGGAUGUUAUGCAGGCGUGCAGGCUGAGUCUAGCUGAGGUAACCCACCCGGCAAAGGUGGUGAAGGUGUGGUUAGAUCCUUCUUCGCAGUCAUUGGCUCUAAUGCUUUCAGAUUCCACAUGUCUACUCUACUCCUUGAAAUUCACGUCAAUUGCCGUUCAAGUCCCCGCCCCUGUAACAGAUGGAUGUUUUCUCCGUCUCCUGCAGAAACGGAAGUUGAAGUUGCCUCAGAAGCAAAAUUCCCGCAGGGCGGGGGGUGCUCCAUAUGACCGCGGGGUUAGGAAAGAGGGGCAAGUGGCUGAAGGGGCUGUGGUUUUUUUGGCCACAAUGCCUGCCAGGGGCGGUUGUCGUACGGUUAUCAGGGCGUGGUCACGUGAGGGGGAUUCGAGUUUCAGUCGAUCGCUUGUGGAGGUGAAGGACACUAGCAAGGCCUUGAAAUUCUCUGAGGGUUUGGGAAAGAGGGCUGCAGCGGUUUUGGAUUUGCCACACGGUUUCGCUGUGAAGAUCGCGGCGUCAGUGAAUGUUUUUGUUGUGCAUUCGGCUUCUGCAGGGAAAAUUUGGGUCAUGGCGGCGAAGCUGAAGCAAGUUGACGAGGAAUCGCCGAAAUUGAGUGAGAAUUCGACAGAAUCAAAGCAAUUUGCAGCUAAUUUGGAAGGGCUUUCAGGGAAAUUGGCAGGGGCUUCUCUCAAAGUGGAGGGUUUAAAUGGAAUUCGCAGCAAUUUGGAGCAAUUGAGAUCUUCUGGCGGGUGUCGGGUAUGCAUUAGUUUGAUUAAGUGUUCUGUUGUUGAUUGCAAUGGGCCCGUUUAUUCGGUUAGGGUUUCUUUGCAGCAUAUGAUUAUAGGGGAGGAGAAUGGCGUUAGGGUUUGGGCAUUGCGUCCCCUAGUGAAGGGCAGGUCGAAAAAGAGGGCUGUGGUGGGAGAAAAGUGUAAAGAGGGCUUGAUUGUGAACAAGUUUGAAGAUUUGGAUAAGGGAAACAGGCAGCUGAGUUGUGUGGAGAGUGGGCUGAAAGCAGGUGGUUUGGAUCAGGGCAGUUCUUUGGAGAGCGAUAUGUUGCUGUGUUCUGCACCUAGUGGCCGAAAACUUGGGGCUUUGAGUGAGCUUAAUUUGCAGACUAAUACCAUAGAGGGUUAUUUGCAACUGAUUUCUCUGGAGAAUGGGAAACUUGAAGCUUUGGAUCAGCUCAAUUUGCAGGCUAGUUUUUUUGAGGGAAAUGGAGAUUCGAAUUCCAUGUACAGAGGCCGGGCUUUAGAUCAUCUUAAUUUGCAGGCCAAUUCUGUAGAGAGCAAUUUACAGCUAAAUUCUAUGGAGAAUGGAAAGACAAUUAAGGAUUUAAAUGGGGCUUCUGUGGAAAAUGAUAAGGAAGAAACGUGUUUGGUGAAAGGAGGAAAGAAGGCCAUUGUGGGAGAGGAACUGAUGGUUGAUAAUUUUGCGAAAGAGUGCAAUGUUGAGAUUAAUGGUAAGGAACCAAUUGUAUUGAAUGGUGGUGAAAGAGUUAACAUAAGAGGGGUCCAUGUUGGCAAGGUUUGCGAGAAGAUAAAUGAAAGGCAAGCUUCGCCAGAUCUUGGCGAGAAGAAUUUGGAUGGUGGUAAAGAAGCAGAGUUGAGUCCGAAGAAACUUCUGGGAAAUGGGAUCAUAGAGGAUACAAUUGGAGGUUGUAAGGAUGUUUCUGAAAUUUAUUGCAAUGGAGCAAAUAUGGGUUUCAUUUCUGAGGUGUCUUUACACAAAGGAUUGUUGCCAGCAAAUGGUAAAGGAUCUGGAGAUGCUGUGGCGAAUUCAGUCAAUGGUGUUCAAUGUAAAUGUACGAAUAUCAUUUCCCAGGGAGCCACUGAAAUGGGUUUUGAAGUGGCAGGAAACCUUGCAAAUGGUAAUUUGCGCCAGUGUGAAGCAAAGUGCUUUUCCUCUAAGAGGAGGAAUGGCCAAUUAUAUCCUAAUACGACUACUUCAGAUGAUUCAUCUAUGCAACAGCAAUUUUCUCAGAAAUCAUCUUCCUCUUCAGCAGCAUCCUCAUUUUCAGGGUCUGUUGCUCCUCGUUCAGUUUCUAUUUCUGCCCGUGCUUCAUCAACUUUGGGGAGUACUAACUCAUCAGAAGGGACUUUUCAUGCUCCUGUUUCUUCUAUGUUAGGGAAGUGUAGAUCCUCCCUAAAAAUGAGGGACACCUCAGGCAAGGUGUGUUCUUUUUUCGUGCCUUUUGAGGAUACAGGCAAGGAAGGUAAUAAAGCAUCACGCUUAAGGGCCAUUGCAAUCCAUGCUCUGUCACAAACCAAGUUUGUUGUAUUGGAUUCUGCAGGAGACCUGCACAUUUUGAGCCUGCAUAAUCUUGUUUCAACUAUUGAUGGUCAGAAGGAGCAAGAUUGUGUUACUGUUGGACAUUGUUGUUUGAGGCACCUGAAGUGCUCCUUGAAAGUGAAUAUGCUUGCAACUUUUCCAGAAACAUCAUCCACCACAUCACAGAAGCUCUGGGCAUCAGAUGGACGCAACUCAAUUCACUUGCUGUCAUUUCCUAAUGUGAGCACUUCUCUUGGUGGAAGUGACAAAGAUCCAGUAGAUGAAAACCCAUUGCAACUAUCAGUCAUGCAAGCGGUGUUCUUAAGCGACCGUAUACGUGCCAUAGCCUCAAUGUCUGCAAAUGCAACUCUGGUAUUAACACAAGGAAGUAUCAUCACGUAUGCUAUAGCUGGAAGUUGAAGCAUCAUUAUAAAUUGCACUGCAUGGAAAUUCCUCUUUUUAAGGGCAAUGUAGAAGCCUAUAUGGAUUAUUAGCCAUUGUUUAUGGCUGGUUCCAGACUACAUUCUGUCAGUUCAGGUUGGCUACGAUUGCAUUUCAUGAAGUAUCAGCUAAAUAGCUCAGCCUGAUUUCGUAACCAUGAGCUGCUACCAACCUUCCUUUUCCAGAUAUUAAUCUUGAUUUCAUUAUGGUGUCUGCAAAGUGCUCACUUUACUCAGGACAGGAAGGGGAGGCAAAUGGUCCAUCCAAAUUUGAUUGCAGCUUCUGGUUCUAUCGGUGUUAGACUUUGAAGCAAGAAUAUGAUAAGCAAUCUUAGCGGCAGUUUUAAGUUUCACAGGUUUUAUUUGCAUGCUUCUGUUCAAGCCUGAUGUUUAUCACUUGCUACUGAUGAUAUGGCUGUAAAACUUGAAACCAUCAGGUCUCGGAGUGUGACUAGCUUUUCAGAAGGUGCCAAAAUGAUUUCCAAGCUCAGCUGUUGACAGGCUAAUUUCACGGUCAUUAUCAUAUCCUGGAGACUUUUAUGGCCUUGUAGACAGACAUAUUUCAUGCUUUUAAUUGUUUGUUUAGAGAUUUACCUAUAUAGGAUCUUAAAAAAAAAUUAAGAGUGAAAGAUAGAGAACCUCCUUUUGCUUUUAAUGUGGGGAGGAUUACUUUGUGGAAUUUUCUGGAUUUUUAAUAAAUCCUCUGCAUUAUGACUU